AUGCAGAGAUCAGGCAUGGGAACUGAGGAGAGAAGACAGAUGAGGAGGUCAGCACAGGCCAGCUCUAGAAAGGGUUGCAUGAGGGGCAAAGGAGGCCCUGAGAAUGCUUCUUGCACCUACAAAGGUGUGAGGCAGAGAACAUGGGGAAAAUGGGUUGCUGAAAUCCGUGAACCAAACCGUGGUGCACGCCUCUGGCUUGGAACAUUUGAGACCUCUCAUGCAGCUGCUUUGGCUUAUGAUGCUGCUGCACGUAAGCUUUAUGGUUCUGAUGCUAAGCUCAACCUGCCAGAACUCUCAGCACCUGUGAAUGUGAAUGUGAAUUCUCAGGGUUCAUCUUCUUCUUCUGUUGUUUCAACCACCCAGAUUCCCCAUGUGAAUCCUCAAUGUGUUCCACCUCCUCCUGGUGAAACCCAGAUUUCCUAUGUGAAUUCUCAAAGUGUUCCACCUUCCUCUGGUGAAACCCUGAUGAUUCCUCAGAUGAUGCAGCAGUCUCAAGUGGUGCAGCCUCAGAUUCAGCCUGACUUUGAUUUUGAUUUCUCUGGUAUCACCCUUUCUGAUCUCAAUAACAACAUGAACCCUAUGGUUUCUCAUCAUAUUGAACCAAUGUAUGCAAACGACUUUAACAUGUCCCUUCCAUUUGAGACCAACACUAUGCCAGCAGGAAGUGAUUUUCAGGCUAUGGACAACUUUUGGGGGACUAUGAAUGAGACCGAGACCAUGCCCGUGUUUGAUGAAUCCAUUUGGACAGAAGCUGCCAUGUCUCUCGAUGAUAUUCCUAUGAUUGCAGAUGCCGAGAUUUACUCGGCUGCAAACAUGGCAGAUGCAGGAGCUGGUGCUUGGGACUCUCUUCAAACUCCAUGGUGCAUGUAA